AUGGCAGAUAAAAAGAAAUGCCGUAAAUCUAUUACCUUGGAUAUGAAGCUUAAAAUUAUUAGAUUGUAUGAUGAAGGUGUAAUUCAAGCUGAAAUAGGCCGAAAACUAGGCUUCACUAGGACCACAAUUAACACAGUCAUGAAGAACAGAGAAAAAAUUGUUGCAGACGUUAAAAGUGCUACACCUGUUAACACCACAACAAUUCGAAAAAGGGAUAGCAUUGUUGCAGACAUGGAGAGACUAAUACUUUGGAUAGAAAAUCAGACAACACGCCAUGUUCCUGUAAACCAGGCAAUUAUACAAAGUAAAGCCUUAAGCUUAUUCAAUGACCUGAAGGCUAACAAAGGUGAAGCAGCAAAGAAUGCUGAAUUUGUUGCAAGCCGUGGAUGGUUUGAUAGGUUUAAGAAGAGGUCUAAUCUACAUAACAUCAAAGUACAAGGAGAGGCAGCUGCUGCAGAUACUGAGGCUGCAGAAAGCUAUCCAAGUGAAUUUGCAAAAAUUAUUGAAGAUGGAGGCUACUCCAUGGAUCAAAUUUUUUAUGUGGAUGAGACUGGUCUAUUCUGGAAGAAGAUGCCUGCAAGAACCUUCAUUGCAAGACAGGAAAAAUCAAUGCCAGGCUACAAGAAAGCUAAAGAUAGAAUAACCCUUUCUUUGAAGAACUACGUUAAAACUAGACUUCCAGUGCAUUGGAGGGCAAAUAAAAAAUCAUGGGUAACUGCAGACCUUUUUGAGGAUUGGUUUGACACCUGCUUUGUUCUAGAGGUGAAAGCUUAUUGCAAGGACAAUAAUAUCCCUUUCAAGAUUUUGCUGCUUGUUGAUAAUGCUCCUGGACACCCUCAAACGCUAGAUGAGCUCAACCCUAACAUUAGAGUGGAAUUCCUACCACCAAAUACCACCUCAUUACUGCAGCCCAUGGAUCAAUGUGUCAUAGCUGCCUUCAAGUUAAACUACUUAAAAAGAACAUUCAGUAAGUGUAUUGCAGCAAUAGACAAAGAAGAAGGUGCAGGGCAAGAAGUCCUAUCGAAAUUCUGGAAAAGCUACAACAUCUUGGAUUGCAUUAAAACUGUAAGAGAUGUUUGA